AAUUCGCCGUUUUAAAUGGCGAUGUCGUCCGCUUGUCACAUAGGCUGCCAGCAUUGUGCUCAAUCGUAAGUACUUCACUUUAAUAUACUAUGGCGGUGCCAAAGCAAACGCAUAUAUUCACUGGCAGUCAUUUCAAAGAGUUCCUUACCGAAUCCAAAACAUGUACAGACGUACUCGACUCCCUGGUAAACACAGAGAGACACCGGACAGAAAUGACCCUCAAUCGGCCAGGUCUCGCCCCGGACUACGUCACUCAGCUGGUGGCAGUCCUGGUAAAAGCAGCACGAAGUACGAACAUAGCCGGAGUUAUAGACAUGUUUAGCGUCCUUGUCGGCUCUAAUUUCUUCAUGAAGGAACUUGUUGCAACAUCAUCUGCUUUCAUUAAAAGCACUGAUGAGGAUGAAGCGUUUAGAUUCAUUGGAACCUUAGUGGAAUUACUGAACCAGGUGUCUCUGCGACUACCAAGCUCAUUUACAAACGCAUUUGGUUUGAUAAUCAUUCUACAGAAAAGGACAGAAGAUAUGCUCCUGGUGGCCGAGGGAGAACGCAGGAAAUGUGUAGCCAGCUUGUCGGAGAGCUUAGAAGAAAUGCGAGACAAUGUAAUGAAGAGAAUGGUGUCUCAUUCUCACGACAAUCCACGAUUACCAUUCGAGAAGCAAGCACCACCAGACGACUUUCGUAAUAUACCAAUAUUACCUAGAGUUUCUGACAUAUUUUUAGGAUCGCGUGGUGCAUUUAUACGUAAAAACAAGUCUCGAGGUGGCUAUGAAAACCUGCACCACUACCUCGAUGUCCAGUUCCGACUUUACCGAGUGGAUUGUAUCAGCCCACUGCGUGAGGGCAUUACUCAGUACGUGCAGGAGGUCAGUGCCGGCCACAACGUCAGACGACUGCAGGACGGACGGCUCUACAAAAACGUCUCCGUUGAGUAUGUCGAACACAAUGUUGAAGGACAAAUGUAUAAAGUUACACUCGAUCAGGGACACGCUCAGAGAAUUAAAUGGAAGUCAAGUCGCAGACUCUUGUAUGGCUCGCUGCUCUGUCUGUCGGCCGAUAGUUUUCACACAAUGGUCUUUGCAAUCGUUGCAGAGUCGGAUAGAGAUAUUCUUGCAAACGAUCACAGUUUCAAAAUCGUAUUUCCAACAGAGGUUGGAGAGAUGAGGUUACCUCUGAAAGCUACCUUCACUAUGGUGGAAUCAACGGCCUACUUUGAGGCAUACAGGCAUGUGUUGGCUGGUCUUCAGAGACUUGAGGAAGGGGAAUUGCCUUUUGAAAAGUACAUAGUCCACUGCAUGAAAGAUGUCGACCUUCCAUUGUACCUUACUGUUGAAGAUGCUACGUACGACUUGCACCCAAUAGUCUCUGGCAAAGUCAUAUUCAGAAACGGUUUGCGCAGCCAUACACGUUUUCGCGUUAAGUUAAACGGCCCUGUGAGUCAUUGGCCGUCAGCUGAACAGCUUCAGCUCGACAAGUCUCAGUUCGAGGCCUACCAUGCUGCUCUUACUCAAGAAUUUGUCUUGAUACAGGGACCACCGGGGACCGGCAAAACUCAUGUCGGCCUCCAAAUUGCCAAGACGCUUCUUCAUAACAAGAAUGCAUGGCAAGAUAGGUCCUCAAGCCAACGUUAUACAUUCAGAAAAACGCAAUCAAAAACGAAAGAUCAGAUUAUGGUAGUCUGCUACACGAACCAUGCUUUGGAUCAGUUUAUGGAAGGUAUCGUAAAAUUUCUUGACGGUAGCAAUAAGAUGAUGUGGUCUGACGAAAUUGUGCGGGUUGGUGGAAGGUCCGAAAACGAAGCUAUUCAGGAGUUCUCUUUGAAAAAUCGUCGCCAUCAUUACCACCGCUCUCGGUAUGAAAGACAAGAACAGGAGCAAAAACUGGAUCAACUUUACAAUUCAAUUAUCUGUCAGCACCAGAAUAUAUCAUUUUUAGCGUACAUUUGCGCCCACCUAAAUGAUACAGUUCUUGAUGUUGGGUUAUUAGUGCCGGUUAUGCAAAGGAAUCAUCAGCUACACUUUGAAGAGAGGAAUCAACUUUCGCCGAAGAAGCUGUUUAGUUGGCUAGGGGCUGACGAAAAGUCUUGGCUCCUAAGGUCUGAAAAAGCUUACAAAAAGAUAUCCCAGAUGAAAACAGUGUCACCGUCAACAAACACGGAAGUAGCGGUUCAUACGGCCACAAAUGUUGACAACAUCGAGGAAAAUGAAGCAAAGAAAGUAGAAGAUGACAGGAGGAUUGAAGAUGACGAUUUCAGUGUACGGUUUAAGGAGCAGAUCGGUCUUGAUGUCCAAAAGCAACUUAUGGUCGUUCUUGGCAAUAUGCUAUCAACACAACAACUUGAUAAACAGUUUCAAUCAUUAUUACAACAUGAGGCAAACGCAACAUUGGCCAAACUAAAAGCAAUUGACAGGAUGGAUGAGAAUGAAGCCAGUAAUAUUCCGUGUAGUUUGAAGAGGCUUGCGGUAGAGCAGCGCUGGCGACUGUAUCGACAUUGGGUGUAUUUGUAUCAACAAAUGCAGAACGAGCAACUUCCCGAAUUAGAGAAAAGGUAUUACGAAACUAUCGAGUUCUAUCAAAAAGAGAAAAAAGAAGUCGAUGCAGAAAUAUUAAAGGCCUCUACACUGAUUGGUAUGACAACUACUGGGGCAGCAAAAUACCAGGACGUUCUAAAGGAAAUCGGUCCACGGAUCGUUAUAGUAGAGGAGGCUGCUGAAGUAUUAGAAGCCCAUAUUAUCACCGCUCUUAGUCCCCGAUGUGAACACCUCGUCCUGAUAGGAGACCAUAAGCAACUGGAACCGAAACCGUCAGUAAUGCAGUUGGCCCUGAAAUACAACCUGUCCCUGUCCAUGUUUGAACGCAUGUUGAACAACGGCAUAAAAAAUCACUGCCUGCAAAGACAACAUAGGAUGCGACCUGAAAUAUCUAUACUUGUCAGGGAUAUUUACGAUGUUCUGGACGACAACGAAAACGUUUUCGGGUACGAACAUAUUAUGGGUGUGAGGAAAGACGUGUUUUUCAUCAAUCACAACAAGCCUGAGGAUUAUGCAGAAGACAUCAGAAGCUAUUCCAACAUGCAUGAGGCCCAAUUUAUCGCUAAUCUGUGCAAGUAUUUGAUGAAGCAAGGAUAUGAAAGCACUCAAAUCACAGUGCUGGCUGCUUACACUGGUCAAAUGUUUUGUAUCCGUAAUUGUAUGCCGAGACAUGAGUUCGAAGGCGUCAAGACUGUCGCUAUUGACAACUUCCAGGGAGAAGAAAAUGACAUCAUUCUUUUGUCACUUGUCCGCAGCAAUAAAGAUGGAAAGAUCGGAUUUCUCUCCAGGGAAAAUAGGAUAUGUGUUGCUCUAUCCCGCGCUAAGAAAGGACUGUAUGUAAUUGGGAAUUUCAAUAUGUUUGAAUCUAGAAAUUCGCGAUGGGCUGAUGUUGUACAAAAGGUGAAGACGGCAGGACAGUUUGGAAAAGCUCUUCCGCUUUACUGUCAAAACCAUUCACAGACUGAAGGUAUACAAGCGGAAGAUGCUUCAGAUUUUAUGAAAUCACCAGAAGGAGGAUGCGAAUUGAAGUGUGACUUCCGGUUAUGUUGUGGGCACGCGUGCAGGCUUUACUGCCACCCCAUAGACAGAAUGCAUACAACGUACGUCUGCAAGCAACUCUGUGACGAGAUAUGCCAAAAUGAGCACAUUUGCAAAAGGAAGUGCCAUUUUGGCGAAAAUUGUGAGUGUCCAAUUACAAUGAAUAAAAUCCUUCCCUGUGGACACAGAGCAGACAUGAAAUGUUGCCAACCAGCGCCGACUUUUAAAUGUGAUGUAAGAGUAGACCGGGAGCUUGCAUGUGGACAUUCCGUUCAACUCAAGUGUCAUAUCAACACGAAGACAUACAAGUGUAAGAUCCUUGUAAUGCGAACCCUUGAAGCGUGUUCACAUCAAGCAGAUAUGCAGUGCUGGGAGAAUCCAGACACGCACAAAUGUCGAACUGCGGUAAUACGGACCCUGGAGUCUUGUGAACACGAGGCCGAGGUCCAAUGCUGUUUUGAUAUGCUGUUAUACAAAUGUAAGAUCAAGGUUAACCGCAUUCUACCCUCAUGUGGUCAUGAGAACGACAUGGAGUGUUACAGGGUUACUGCAGAUGUUCGCUGUGAUAAAACUAUUACGAAAAGUCGUGACAGUUGUGAACACAACUAUGACGUUCGUUGCAGUGAUUGGGAACCGCUGUAUGAGCGUCUACAUUCAUGCUUAGAGUCUGUGACAAAAUCAUGGGCAUGUCCUCAUACUAAGGUGAUGAAAUGUCAUGAAUCAAAGCACGCGACCUGCCAGGACAAAUGCUUGAAAAUUUGCGAUCGAGGUCACACGUGCCAAAGGACAUGUCACCAUCCAUCGAGCUGUAAAUGUGAUGUUGUAAUGACUAAGGUUAUUCAGAAAUGUGGACACACUCAGAGGAUUCCCUGUAACAAGGACCCUAACAGUGUUGACUGCCAGACGAUGGUUCUGAAACGCUUGACUACUUGCAGUCAUAAAAUGAUGAUGGAAUGUUCUGCCGAUCCGUCGUCAAACCGGUACAAAGCAUCCUGUGAUACCCUCGUUCCGAAGACAAUCCCUCUCUGUCAGCACACAAGGAUAAUGAAGUGUUCAGAAUCUCCUUCAAUGUACAGAUGUAAGGAAAGCGUCGGUAAACCUCACCCGAGGUGUGAACAUACUAUUCAAGUAGAAUGUUGCACAACUCCCUCUACUUCCACAAAAUGUGAGACAAUUGUCCGUAAGUCAUUACCUUGCGGACAUGAAAAGGAUAUGGAGUGUUCUGAAUCCUACUCUUCCGGAGUCAUGUCUGUUUGUAAUAAGUAUCGUUGUGAUAAAGACGUAGAUUAUGUGUUGCCGAAAUGCGGGCAUGCGGUAACAAUUCCCUGUAAUGUGAAGACCUCCCUAGACAAACAAAGGACAGGCAUAUCGGAUCUAACAACACUUCCUACGUGUAAAACAUAUGUAACGAAGAUAUUUAUUUGUGGACAUAAAACCACAGUUGAAUGCAGCGUGUCGGAGCAACAAACAUGUUCCUCAAUCUGUUCCAAAAGCAUGUCAUGCGGUCAUACUUGUACCAGGAAGUGUACGCAGUGUUUCGAAAGUUUGACUCAUGGUGAAUGCAACGAACCGUGCAGGAAACGUCAAAUUUGCGGACAUGAUUGCAGAAGUAAAACUUGUGGAUCGUGUAAACUUUGUUCCGAAAAGUGUGAAAAAUACUGUCCUCAUCGGCGAUGUGAUCACCCUUGUUUCCGUGAUUGUAUUCCGUGUAAGAAGACAUGUACCAUGCAGUGUCCACAUCACAACUGCUCCCGCCUAUGCCACGAGGAAUGUGACAGGCCUCGGUGUGACCAACCAUGUCUGCAACUUUUGAAAUGUAAACAUCCGUGUAUGGGCUACUGCGGCGACCCUUGUCCGAGCCUCUGUAUUGUUUGUGAACCUGUGAGCUGUUCAGAGUUUGACGACGUGUGGAACUCUUCUGGGGACAUUCGUAUUGUACGACUCGAAGACUGUGGCCAUGAACAUUCUGCUAGGUAUUUGGACAAAAGGUUUGCUAAGGAGGACAAUAUCUUAAGUUUGUUAUGCUGUCCAAAAUGUGCAAAAGUCAUCAAAUGGCAUCCACGUUUUACAAACCGCCUCAAAAAACAGUGGGAUACUCUGGCUAUCGCGAAAAAGGCGCUGGCUCUCGGGUCUGAAGGUUUGGGGAGGGAACCACUGUUUCCGACGAUAUGUGGAGGAGUAGCAGAGACUCGUUCAUAUUUGCAAAGAUUCAAUACGUACGUGUUUUGCCAGAAAGAACUCAAAAACCGCCGAAUUCCUUUGAAGUGGUCCUAUAGUUGGUCCAAAUCAACCACUGAUCAACUCACGAGGUUUCUCCAUAACUUAAGAAAAUCAGCAACUAUUAUGCAACAAGACGCAUCCUGUAUCGAUCAAACUUUGACAAAAUUGUCUGCCACAUGGCUUCUCUACAUCGCCAACACCCUUGACGAGGACAUUUCUUCAUCUGAUUCAGAAGACGAAGACGUCACCUUGUCAGACUUGGAGGAUGAUCUGGAUCUCGAUUUUGAUAAUGUUGCUGGACACAAUGUGCGACAUGUAAUACAAUCUGAAAGGAGAGAAAGGAAGAAGAAAACAAAGAUUGCAGAAACUAGAACUAAUGCGAUCGUACAUGCUGUUGAUGAUCUUAUAAAGAAAUCACAGACGUUCAGCCGGACAGAGCUGUGCAAAGUGCGUCAAAUGCUAGGGAUGCUACUGACGGAUCUUUCUGAGAUCGAACAGGUUAUGAACUUCCCUAGACUCCACACGAUUGGUGUUCACACGGACGACUGGUUCAUCUGCUCUGCAGGUCACAUUGCAUCCGCCGUAUUCCGUGGAGAAAAUUGUAUACAGUGUACGUCCGGAACACCCUUCACUUUUUCCUACAAAACAUUUCUGGACAAUUGGCGCGGCCAAUUCGAAGUGGAACAAAAUCCGGACAACAAUGCACGUGGCUCCAAAACAAGUAGGCGUAGCUCUAAGCGUGGUGGAAAUGGCAUUGAAAGAGGUGGGCGUGAUUCCGAAAUGGGUUGGCGUGGCUCAGGUACAGAUGGGCAUGGACAUGGAUCCGAAAAUAGUAUACAUGGCACCACAAGAGGUCAAGUGUAUGAGCAUCAAGGCGACAGAAUACUUCCAUCUCGACAAACAUAUAUGGCCUCUCCACACCAGCAAAAAUUUGAACAAAGAGGAAGGGGCAGGACAGGGCGAGGACAGGAAAGAGGUGGGUUUAGGGGGCAGAGAGGUGGAAGAGGAGGCAGCAGAGGACAAGGAGGGUUCGGAGGGACUGGAUUCGGAAGGGGAUGGGGCAGAGGUACUGAAGCAGGUAGCAGAGAGGGCGAUGUGUUGGAUGAUAGAGGGAGUGUAGGUGAUGUUGGCGGUGGGAGAAUUGUUGGAUUUGGAAAAGAAGAGAGAGGAAAAGGAAGAAGAGGCGAUGGAAUGGUCAACAGAAGGGUUGGAUUUAGAGACGCUGAAGCAGCAACCGUAGUCGCAGCAGCGAGUUUGAGGAGAGGAGGAAGAGAGGGAGAAGUUCGCGGAAGAGGUAGAGAAGAUCGCGGAAGAGGAAGUAAAGGCAGAAGAAAAGGACGUAGACAGUAAACUUUUAUUUCAUUUUUAAAAUAUUCCAUGUGCCAAAUCAAUUGGAGCAGACUGUAGGUAGAGUCUACCAGUUAAUACUGUAGAGCUUUGAGCAUAGAAGAUCGAUUUGUAAAUGUAUUGAUAAAACUUGUUCCAUUAUUGAUGUAAAACCCUAAUGUUAUACGUUUAAAUUUGUUUCUAUUUCUAACAAUGAAUUGUCGAUACAAAUGCACACCGAUUUGGUUUCGUACAAGACAAGAAUUUCAAAUUCACCUUAGCUUCAGGUUAGCGUUGAUGUAUAAAGUAAUAGCAAACGUUCUCAGAAACAUCAAUGUAUUAUUUAAAAAGUGUUUGUGUAUAACGUAAAGUAAGCUAAAAGCUUUGUAAAAAGAAUGGUGAGAAAAUGCAUCGAGUGUCAUUACUUGUACAUAAGUAAGAUUCGUUGUAUACUUUGUGACUUUCUAAACUUCAGAUUUCUGUGAAUUAUCGUGAUUGAUGUACAUUUUAUGUGUUAGACGCCUGUUAGAUUUUUUUUAAUGUUUCCAAGUCAUACAUGUUUAGCAAGAUUGUUUUUUGCGUUGUGCAAGUGUUAUAUGAUAUAAUCUGAAAUAUAGCUUUUAUAUUUUAUCUUUAAACGUGGGUUUUUUUCAGCGGAGUUGAGCAUAUCGACUCUUAUAUUUUUUCAUAUCAAUUCUGGAUAUGUAACCAAAGUGUCAUCGUCAUAUAUUGAUUUCAUCAUGUAAGUAGUUAUUUUGAUUAUGUGAAAAAUAACGGGCAGAGAAUAAUGCUCUCACUUUCCUGUAAAUAUAACAUAAUAUAAUUAAUCUCAUUUUGAGAGAGGAUAAAAUUUUAUUAACCAUGUGUUAGUUAAGUUGCCGUGUUUGAUUGGUAUAUAAAUGUCCGUAUAAGCUGUUAUAAUAUUACAUUAUUGUAACGUUUAUAAUAUUACAUUAUUGUACUUUUUAUAGAAUUUAAAGUCAUUGACAAUUUGUUCUGCAAACUUUCGAAAAGAGCACUCUUUUCUUGACAAAGGAAACAGACGUUUUCGAAUCACGCAAAGAAAGUUUUCGUAUUUGAUAUAGCGAGCCUGGUAUGUUACCCUGGUACCAUUUUAGUAUACCAAAGGCACAGUUAGCUUAAUUGAGAUAUCAGUCUUAUUUAUUGCUACCAAUUUGCGGGUUUUUUUUUUGUUUUAUUUUUAAAAAGGAAGUUACUUGCUUCUAUGUUGUCUAUUUUUCCGAUGUGCUCUAAUAAUAUUUCCCCGGGUGUGUUUCUAAAUUUUGUUAUUUUUAUAUGCUGUUAUUUCAAAAACAUGAACAACUGGGUUUAGGUCAGCAUAUUAAUCAAUACAUCUUAACAUUAAUGAUUGAGUGGAUAUAACUUUCCACAGACUUUCAUCGUCUAUAUAAAUAUUACCCACAAAGGUCAACACGAUAGGUCAUUCUGGUCUGACAAAGACACUGAUAUAUUGCUAUUCAUUAUCAAAUAUACACGCAUGUAUUUGUUGGGAACGCCAUUUAUUGUAAACUAUACACGUACUUGUAUCACAGACAUAUAUAUGCGAGUAUCAUUAUUCGCAGUGAUAUGUACAAAUAUGUGUCUUACGCUUAUGUGUAUACCUGUGUUUACAUCCUGUCAGUAGGAACUUCAGUCGAGUUACAGUGUUUUUGCUGUCAUUGUAAAGUAUUUCUUACAGCUUUAAAAAGUAUAUAAUUAGUCUGCAUAGCCGACAUGUUUUGGUUAUAGUGAAUACAUUGUUUUGUGAUUCCCUGGUGACAAAGUUAUAUAUUACAGUAGACGUAUUACGACAUUUAGUCUCUGUGAGUACUUGGAUUACUGUAUACCGGGGUAUUUUCGUCUUUAGCCCUCCGCAAUGAGUGCGAAUUAAACACUAAAGCGAACAGUAGUAAACGAUAUAGUUAACAGUAACCAAAUGAGAAGGGCAAACAUGGAUUUAACUGGCGUAGGGCGAAAAAUUGACUGGACAACAGAUUCUCGGUAUACAGUAUUAUAUGUCUCCCUGGAAUAAAAGGGAGACAUGUGGUAUUAGUUAUUGAAGUAUACUGCAUCAAUCACACAAUGUUUGCAAUGUAACGUAACUACAUCAAUCUAACCUUCCUUCUGGGUCAAAGGUCAAAUGAGUGCAAAGUUUCAGUGAAAUAUGCGAUCUGAUUUUUUAAACGUUGGUAUAAUUAAGUUUACCUGCAUCAACCUCAAGCGUGGAGUGCAUUGCACCUUGACCUUCGCCUCUAUAGGUCAAAAGUGAAGUGAUUACAAAGCAAAUGUUGGCGUAAAUUGGGAGGUAUCAUUUUUAUUUAAUCGAAUAUCUUGUUAUUUCUUACAUUUUGAUAAUGAGAAAUAACCGUACGCAGUCAGACAAACUUCAUAAUGUUAAAUUUUUAUUAUGACGUCAUAUCUUAAAAUAUGUAUAUUUAACUAUAUAUCAUUCACAGUGUGGGAAUACCCUUGUUUUUAAUUGAGAUAACAAUAUGUAAAUGAAAUGUUAACUAGUUUGCACUUGAAUACCAAUGUUACCCCAAACAUUUAUAUAUUAUUUUAUAUAUAUAUUCAGUAAUGGACUUAAGCAUUCCAUGAUGAAAAGGAAACCUAAAGAUAAGUUACAAUCGGAUGAAAACAAAACAUCAAUACGUAGAUUAAGUGUACAUUGGAUGUGAACAUAUUAAUACAUAGAGUAUUCAUCGGAUUUAAACAUAUCCACAGUUUAGAUUAAACUCUAUAUUGAUCGUGUAAAAAAGCACAAUUCACAGACUUCAGAUUUAUGGUAGUUUUUCCGCCUAUGUAAAGACAAAUGGCAAACCUAUUUAUUUAUUUUGAAAAUGGUGAGUCAGUUACUCCAUAAAAGCAAAGUGCUAUCGUAUAUUUUUUAGAUAUAUAUUUCAUGUUUCAGUGCCUUUUUCACAUCGCUAAGUAAAUACCUGGCAGUUAUUGUUGAAAUGAUUUGAAGCUAACUUUUAUUAGGUUUGAAGGAAAAUAAGUAAUUGAAACUAUUUUUUAAUUACCAUUGGGGUAACGAAAGACUAUUUGUGACCACCAUCAAACCCUAGCCUUUAUCUUGACAAAGCGUCCUUUUUCGGGGACAAAAGUGGUUUUUUUCGCAGCCAUGGUACACAGUGGUGAGGUGAGGAUGGAUUAAAUUCCAGCUAAUUUCGCGGGUUGUAUUUUUUCGCUUAAAAAUCCCCAACCGCAAAAUCUAGCAAUUAGAACUCCGCACAACAGAAAACCUUUACAUUAGAUGUGUUAAACAGUC